AUGGGACUUGCAGCGGGGGCUCAUACCUGCUAUGGUCUGACAGUUGGCGAGAUCUGCCCCAACCGCUUUGAAUUCGUGGGAGUUGCAUUUGCCUGUCUUCCGAACAUCAUCUCCACCGGAUUCGGGCAAUACCUGGGCCUUCGAAUCGUCCAUUGUUACAACUGGAGAUACAUCUACUACAUCUUUAUCCCACUCAUGGUCUUCGUCAUAAUCAUGCAGGUGGUCUUCUAUCGGCCACCAAAUUUCGACCAGUUACACCGUGGUACUCGCACGAGAAUGGCGGAGUUCAAACGAGUCGACUUCCUGGGAUGCUUCUUGAUUGUCGCCGGCCUCGUCCUCUUCUUACUGGGCACAUCCGGGACCAUUCUGGGGCUUAUCAUCACUGGAGGCUGCGUGGUCACCGUUUUCGUCUUCUGGGAGGCCUACGGCUCCCAUCCCAAUCCUAUUGUGCCGGUUCAUGUUCAUUUCUUCAAGGAUAUCCGUGGAUUCGUCUGCCUGAUCGUUAUCGAGUCCGUGGCAGGGACAUCCUAUGUCGCGCUGAGCAUCAUCUGGCCUUCGCAGGUCGCACGGCUUUAUAGCUCUGCUACGACUAGCUGGCAGACUACUGCAUGGUUAUCGACAACCAUCGCUCUGGCCAUCUAUUCGUCCAUUGUUCUCUGGGGAGCGCCGGUGGCGAUCCUAAAACACAUUCGACUCCAGCUAGUUUUCUUCAUGUCUAUCAUGGUUUCUUUUCUAGGGGCUAUGGCAUCUAAGCUUGCCGCCUAUAUUCCUCCUGUAGCCAUCACGGCUGGUUUGCCUGAAGGCUCUGUUCCCGCCCUUCUUGAGGCCAUUGUGACAGGCACUCCAGAAGCGAUGCAAAAGGUUCCAGUCAUCACCGCCAAGGUCCAAGAGGCUGUAGCAGCCGAGCUUCCAUACGCGUAUGCGGCGGCCUACGCUUACCUCUAUUACUCCGCCGUGGCAGUCGCGGGCGUCGGCCUGAUUGCCUGCUUCUGUGUGAAGGACUAUGACCCAUACCUGGCCAACCAUGUUCCGCGCCAGAUCUAUAAACUCGGAGACGAAAAGAUCAGUAGUGGCGAGAGUGAGAAGCAGUACCCCGAGGUCUGGGAACAGGACGAUGUGGAGAAAAGGACUGCCGAACAUGUCGCCUCGUAG